AUGGCUCAUCACCUUUUUUCUUUUCUUCACUUUUACUUUACUUUCUCUCUCUCUCUCUUCCUGUCUCCCUUACUCUAUUUUUCUUUCUUCUUCUCCGCCUCUCUCUCUCUCUUUAUCUCCUAUCUUUCUCGCCAUUUCUUCAUCUUUCUCUCUAUCUUUCUCUCCCCAUAUAUCAUUCUCUUCAUCUCUCUCUCUCUCUCUCUUUCUCUCUAUUUUUCUCCAUCUUCUUUUCUGAUCCUUUCUCCCUCUAUCUCUCUUUGUAUCUCUUUCUUUCUCUCCAUCCGUUUUCUUUCUAUCUAUCUAUCUCUCUUUCUCUUUCUGCUUCUCUUUAUCUUACACUAUUUCUCUCCCACUUUCUCUCUAUCUUUCUCUCGCCAUCUAUCAUCCACUUCCUCUCUCCCUCUCCAUUUCUCUCGAUCUCUCUUUCUCUCGCUCUCUCUUUAUCUCUUUUCACUCUAUUCCUCUGUAUAUAUUUUUCUCUCUCGAUUUAUCAUUCUCUUACUCUUCUCAAUCUGUAUUUCUCUUUCAAUCUCUCUCUUUCUCUUUUCUCCCCCCUCUCUCUCUCUCUCUCUCUCUCUCUCUCUCUCUCUCUCUCUCUCUCUCUCUCUCUUUUUAAGGCUGUUUCAUUUCUUUCUAUCUAUCUAUCUAUCUCAUUCUAUUUACAUCUAUCUAUCUAUCAAUCUAGCUAUCUGUCUCUCCGUCCCUUCAAGUGUGUUGAUAUGCCGUAAAACAUAUCAAACCAAACCAAACCAAAUCUAUCUAUCUAUCUAUCUAUCUAUCUAUCUAUCUAUCUAUCUCAUUCUACUCCAUCUAUUUAUCUAUCUAUCUCUCUCAGAUCUUCUGGUUGACUCCACCUCAAACCGUUCAUGUAUCUUAUUUUCAUUUCUUUUUCUCUCACCCCCUUUUCGCACUCUUUCUCUAUUUCCUCUCCCUUUAUUUGUCUUUCCCUUUCUUUCCUAUUCGUUCGCCUCUUCCUCAUUAAUCUUCCUUCUCUUUCUUUCAUACGCUGUAGAAUGCCACAAAAACAUUUACUUAUCUUCAUUUAUUAACAAAAUAAUUUUUUUACUUAAAAAUUAA